GAACGAACGGGAAACGUUUGCUCGUUUCGUCCUCCCGCAUCUGCGUUUAUCCAGCAGCCGUCGACUUUGAAAAGUUCCUCACGAUUUCAUCAUUAGCUGGAAAUACGACAAACUCUUACUAGUAUGACACAAAGCUACUAGUCAUGUGAGGAUUUACGAACAGUGUGAAAUUGCAGAGGGAAUUACAGUAUUGACGCUUGGUGUUGAUUUCCGUUACAGUUUAAACAUGUCGGAACCGAGAGUAAAGCGAAUAAAAACGCGCCUUCCUCUCUGUAAAACGCAUAUUUCUUCUGCUGGGAGUCUGGCGAGGCAAAACUUCCCGACUGUUGUGGAGGAAAGUCUGUGUGGAGUGUCCACUUUGCUUAUAGAGGUCUCUUACAGACUGGAAGCGCUGGCCAAGAUCUUUGAGCAGAGUGAUCUGGCUUUACCCAGAGUGGCUGCGUAUUUUCACCAGGAGUCAGUGAAGGAACAAGAGCGGGCCGAGGCAAUGCAGCAGUACCUGACCCAGCGGGGAGGAAAACACUGCAGUAAGAACAUCCAGAGGCCAGGCACUGAAGAGGUGUGUGCCGUCCUCCCUGCUCUGGAGCUCGUGCUUGCCCAGCGGAAGGAGGAGAUGAGUGUUAUGGUGGAGCUGAAUCAGCUGGCGCAUGAGUACGGAGACCCACACACCGCCAGCGUAAUCAAGAGUCAGUUCAUUCAGCCCCUCGUCCCAAAGGUCAAACUCAUCGGUGACCUCUUGACCAGCGCUCGCAGAGUGGGCUGCACCGGUGACCGCACGGGUGGCUUUGGGGAGUACCUCAUCGACCGCCUACAAGACACACUGACAAUCACUUAGGCGUCCUCUUUCCUAUCGUUUAAGAACCAUGUAUGCACUGUAAAAAGUGAGUAUUCAAAGUAUUAAAUAAAGCAAAUAUUAUUGGAGUGCGUUUAACUUCAUAAUCUAAUCUCUGUUUAAUAAUUACAUGUUUAUUUCAAUGUGUUACUCGCCAUUUCUUUGUUAUUAUUUGUGUAUGUACUAGCCUGAAGAUGUUUUAGAGGGAAUCCUACAGCUGUUUUUUUUUUUCAGUGAGUGUCUUAAGUCCUUGGAUGGAGGAUGGACUGAGAGAGAUUACAUUUGGUCCUAAAGGGAAAAUAAAGUGCAGAGAUGUGUUCACAGUUUUGCCAGUUUUGUAUGUUACAAGUCACUCCGGUUGUAGACAUUGGUUUAAUGUCAUUCCAGUAAAAUGUAUGUAUUCUUUAGGAAUUUGAAGUUAAUAGUAUUUUUUUUUCAUUUGUUAGUGCUUCACAUGUACAUAUUGAAUACUGCAUUGAUCUGUUUAUCCCGUGUUUCUGAUAAUAAUAAAAAAAUAAUAAUCAAUAUAUAUAUUAAAUUUGCACAUCUUUGUUUUGUGAGCAAAAUAAAUAAUAUAUAUUUGUAUUUUUGGAACAUGAAAUAUUUUACUUCUGUUCUGUUGUAUUAUAUUUUACCUUUAUAUAUAUAUAUUUAUAUUAUCCUGCACUGCUUUUAAUAAAAUGUCUCCACAUUG